AUGGAGAAAGAAAGCAAAUCAGCAAAAAAACGAGCCAAGGCGCUCACUAUUUCAGAAAGUGGGACCCAGUGCGUCCAAGUGGUGGUGAGAUGUCGUCCGAUGGACGCCAAGGAAACAGCGAGGCAGUAUUCCCGGGUGGUGGAAGUGACACCUUCUCGAGGAGUCGUAGAGAUAAAGAGUCCUAGAGAAGACCCGUCCAAGGACAACUUGAAGGUCUUUACUUUUGACGCAGUCUACGACUGGCACUCUAGUCAGCAGGACAUCUACGAGGAGACAGUGCGUCCGCUGGUUUCUUCAGUGUUGGACGGGUUCAACGGGACGAUAUUCGCGUACGGACAGACCGGAACUGGAAAAACGUACACGAUGGAGGGCUCCAAGAAUGACUACGACCGGAGAGGAAUCAUCCCCAGGUCCUUCGAGCAUAUCUUCAACCACAUAGGCCGCACUGAGAACAUGCAGUACCUGGUCCGCGCGAGCUACCUCGAGAUUUACCAGGAAGAAAUCAGGGAUCUUCUGCAUGCCGACCAGUCGCUGAGAUUCGAGCUGAAGGAGAAGCCUGACAGCGGAGUCUUUGUCAAGGAUUUAUCAACAGUGGUCUGCAAGAGUGCUCAGGAGAUCCAGCAGCUGAUGAACAAGGGGAACUUGAACCGGACAAUAGGUGCCACUAACAUGAACGAGCACAGCUCCAGGUCCCAUGCCAUUUUCCUGAUCACCAUCGAGAUGGAGUCCUUGGUGGGUGACAGCAAGGGGAUCCGGGUCGGCCGUCUGAACCUGGUGGACCUGGCAGGCAGUGAAAGGCAGAGCAAGACCGGUUCCUGUGGUGAUAGGUUAAAGGAAGCCAGCAAGAUCAACCUGAGUCUCUCCGCGUUAGGCAACGUUAUUUCUGCUCUGGUUGAUGGUAAAACUACUCAUGUUCCUUACCGUGACUCCAAGCUGACUCGGCUGCUCCAGGACUCUCUGGGGGGAAACUCGAAGACGAUCAUGGUCGCUAACAUUGGUCCUGCUUCGUAUAAUUACGAUGAAACGCUGACUACUCUCAGGUACGCUAACCGGGCGAAGAAUAUUAAGAACAAGCCGAGGAUCAAUGAGGAUCCUAAAGACGCUUUGCUGAGACAGUACCAGGAGGAGAUUAGCAGACUCAAGGAACGGCUGGCUCUAAAGGGUCCGGUUGCUAAGAAGAAGAAGAAGACCAAGAAGAAGCGUGAUGAAGGAAGGGAGAAGGAAGAAGAGGACACCGAGUCGGAGGUUGAUGAUAGCAAAGAAGACAACCGGGUGACUGAAGCUGAAAAGAAGAUGAUUGCCGAGCAGCUCAAGACCGAGAAGCAGGAGACUGAGCAGCUGGUGAUGAGGAUCAAGGAGUUGGAGAGCAAGAUGCUGUGUGGUGGGAAGAAUAUUGUUGAUCAUACCAACGAGCAGCAGCGCGCCUUGGAGCAGAGGUCUGCGGAGAUUGCUGAGCGGAAGAAACGCGAGGUAGAGAUGCAGCAGAAGUUGGAAGAUGAGGAGUCCACUUUCUUGGGGGUCAGGGAUACUUACGCGAACUUGCAGCAGGAGGUGGAUGUCAAGUCCAAGAAGCUCAGGAAGUGCUUCGCUAAGCUUCAGGCGCUGAAGCAGGAGCUAGAGGAUAUUAACGGCGAGUACAAUCGGGAUCGUCGGGAGCUAGAGGAGACGCAGCAUGAUUUGAUGAAGGAGUUGAAGUUGAAGUACUUGAUUAUUGAUAACUUCAUCCCGGUGGAAGAGAAGCACAAGAUUUUGACCAGGGUGAGGUUUGAUGAGGAUGAAGACACUUGGGUGAUCAAGGAGCCCAGUGUUGGUGGUGUUGAGGUGAUCCAGCGGCCGACUGCGACUCCUGGGGCUAGGAGACCUACUACUGAGUACGCGAAGAUUGCUCUGGCUAUGGGCCGCGGGUUCAGGUAUGCUGGGGAGAAUAUUCUCAACUUGGAGCUGGACAUGCCCUCGAGGACGACUUUGGAGUACCAGGGACCGGCUAUUGCUCCGACUAUUCAGGCGGUUCUUGAAGAGGCGCUACGGGAUGAAGGUGACAUUGAUGUGGAUGCUUCUAAUGUCAGACUCAGGACUCCCAAGCCCAGGAUUCCCUCCGCCAAGGCCCGGCCUAGGAGUGUUGGCAAAAUUCCACAGAUGCAGAUCCCUGCUCCGGUUUAUCCGAAGACUAGGGGACUUGUUCCUAAAUAG